UGUCCGGCAUUCAAGAAAGUCAUCGAAACCCCGUUUACUGUCGAUGCAUUUUGUUACGGCAAGAUCGAGGGAUGCUCGGCGUAUUUCCUGACGCACUUCCAUUCGGAUCAUUACACCGGACUUGGGCCAUCUUUCGAGCAUGGCCCGAUCUACUGCUCAUCUGUGACCGGCAAUUUGGUCAUCUCGGAGCUGCGGGUCAAACCCGAGUACGUCCACAGGCUCAAGCUCAACCGAGAAUACGAUAUCCAAGGAAUCAAAGUGACCCUCAUCGAUGCCAACCACUGUCCAGGUGCUGCACUGAUCCUGUUCGACAUUCCCACAACCGACGCCCUGGAUAAGCCUGACCGCAUCAAGAUCCUACACACCGGCGACUUUCGAGCCUCGCCUGAGCACAUCAAGCACCCGUCCCUUCGAGAUGUGCGCCUACACGCCGUCUACCUCGACACAACAUACUGCGCUCCGUCCCACUGCUUCCCAGAGCAGUCACUCGUCGUGCGUGCGAUCUCAAGCCUCGCACGACCAGGAAGACUCCUGGUAGCUGUCGGAACCUAUCUGAUAGGCAAAGAGCGCAUCUUUGUGGGAAUCGCCAAGGCCAUGGGCUCUAAGAUCUAUGUCGAGCCACGCAAGCACAGAAUUCUCUCCUGCCUGGAGGACCCGGAACUGGCGAGGAUGCUCACUCAGGACAAGGACGAGGCCGACCUUCAUGUGGUAUCGAUGGGACAGAUGAACAGAGAGAGCCUCAGGACGAUGCUCCAGGCAAAUCCAUCGUAUACCCAUCUCGUUGCCGUCCGCCCCACGGGCUGGACAUUUCGGGGCAAGCCGCAGCCGCAAGGCGCCGAUGUUCCGUUUGGCAUCCAGCAUCUUCAACCCCAGAGGAUCGCACACAACAUCACCCUGUUUGGCAUUCCGUACAGCGAGCACUCGUCGUUCCUGGAGCUCGAGGCAUUCAUUACGCAGCUCAACGGGGCUGAUGGCGGCCGUGGGGCAAUCCACAGGGUCAUCCCCACGGUCAACAACCACAACCAAACGGCCAUGCGGCAGAUGGAUGCUUGGUUCAGCAAGUGGCUGGGCCGAUCGUAG